UCUCUCUCAAAAUCUCUCUCUCUAACUACGAGAAAAAAGCUCUCUUUCUCUCUCAAGAAAUCACAGCCAAUGGAAGGCAGCGAGCAAUAUCCAUGUCCGUCACCGUAUCCCCAGCCGUUCAAGGACGUAUCGAAUUUCAAAACCCCAAAACGCCCUCCAAAUCUCUCCAAAUUUACUUCUCCGAGCUCUCAAUUCUUCACUGCUUCAAAACGAACCCCAAUUUCCUCCUCCUCCUACCGUCCUUCCUUAUCAGGCCAGUUCAGGCCCAAGCCUGCUUCAACCACGGCCCGGAGAAGGCUCAAGGCGUUCGAGAUCGAGCAGUCACAGUCAUCAAGAAAGGCACAGAUUAGGAAAGAACAGGCGCUGAAAACACUGUCGAAAUCUCUCACUACUUGGCUUAAUUUCCUGUUCGAAAACCCUAGUGCUUGUGGGUGCUCUUGUAAUUUCACCCAGAAUGCGGUGGCGGGGCCCAGUGUUCUGGUGGGGUUGGGGAAGAGGGAAGGUGGAGCAGCCGGGGUGGGUGAUACGUGGAGGAGUCCGAAGAGGAGUAGGGAUGUGACGUGGAAAGGAGGAGGGGUUGGUGGGGAUGGUGACGUGUUGAAUUUUAAGAGGUAUGGAAAAUUGAAGGAGGGAUUGAAGGAAGUGUGUAGUGUGGAGGAUUUGAUGGAGAGAAUGAGGGUUUAUUUGAGUUUGGGAUGUUGUAAGGAAGUUUUUGAUGCUACGGUUGUUGUUGUUAAGACUAUAGAUGAAGGGAGGUUGAAAAUGAAGCCACAUUGUCCUAUUGUAACAGAUUUUGGCAUGAAGGAGAAAGCCAUGCGAAUUCUCAUGUGCUAUAAUCCAGUUUGGCUUCGAAUUGGAUUACAAAUUAUUCUUGGUGGCGAUUCCUUGUUGCCCAGUGGAGAUAUUGAUUCUGAUCAAGAAAUAUCAUUCUUGAAGAUGGUGAUAGAGAAACAGUUUCUUUCACAUACUGGACUAGCCAAAACUUAUGCUUAUAACAGGAAGGUUGAAGGGUUAUAUAGACCAGGUUACUAUGAGUCCUUGGGAAAUGUUAUAUUGAAGAGGUUUUUGCUGCUGGUUCUUAUUCUAGAUAGAGCUAAAUUGCAGAGUGGUCUUUCUUUAAAGUAUGGAAUUGAUGGAGUAGAUGGGGGUUCACCUCUUCUGUUCGUUGUGCAGUCUAGUAUAAAGUCUAGCCGUCAAAUGAUUAAUGAUUUCUUAUCAUCGGAGGUGAUGCAUGGAGAAGGGAAUCUUCUUGCACAUCUAGUUAUCAUAGGUUACAAAGUAUCUUAUCAACAGUGUUCCCUCGUUGAGUAUGACUUCAGAGUGACAGAUUUAUUUGCGGAGCUUCAAGAUGGAGUGAGGCUUUGUAGAGCCAUCCAGCUCUUACAAAAUGAUUCCUCUAUUCUUAUGAAAAUGGUAGUUCCAUCAGAUACCCGCAAGAGAAAUUUAGCAAAUUGUGGCCUUGCCCUGCAAUAUCUAAAGCGUGCUGGUGUAACAUUGCAAGAUGAAGAUGGAAUGACAAUCUUGGAAGACGAUGUUGCUAAUGGAGAUAUGGAGCUAACUGUUUCUUUGCUCUGGAACAUGUUUGUUCACUUGCAGUUGCCUCUUCUGCUCAACAAAACAACCUUAGCGAAUGAAAUUUUGAAAAUUCAUGGAGUUAACAUGGACUCCGCUAACAUCAGUCCUGGUUCCUCUCCUUUGGAGUUGCUUUUGAGUUGGAUUCAGGCAGUUUGUGGAAAAUAUGAUUAUAAAAUUGAUAAUUUUGCUUCAUUGGUUGACGGUAAAGCCAUAUGGUGUUUGCUUGACUAUUAUUUCCGUAAAGAACUUUCUUGUUCUCAUUCUCCAAAGGAUCCUCGUGAAAGUAGAAGAGAAGAAUCACUUAUGUCAGCUAUUGAUUAUACAGAUUCAGUCCACAAUUUCUUAUUGUCACAGAAGCUGACAACAUUACUGUGGAAUUUUCCUGAGGUUCUUCAUAUCAGUGACAUUCUUGAACAUAGUGGCGCAAUUAAUCAUCGAAGUGUGGUAAUUUUAUUGGUGUUCCUCUCAUCACAACUGACUGUAAAGAAAACCAUGGAUCAACUGAAUUUCCAUAAACUAUUGUGUUGUGAUUGUCAAGAGAGGAGAACUUCAAGCGUUGGUAGGUGUUCUUUAAGUUCAGAAGCAGAGCUGGACCAAGACAUAAUAGAUGGCUCCAGUACAGAAGAUGCUGCUAGAAAGUUUAGGGCUAUUAAGGCUUGGUGGCAAGAUAUGGCGGAACGAAACAACAAAUUCAUCACACAGCCUGGUACUUCUGUUUUGGAGUGCACCUCAACUAGCAAUCUGGGCAUCAUCAUUCAAAGAGAAAAUGCUGCAAAAGUAAUACAAUCCCACUUUAGGAGAUCAGUUGAACGCCAUAACUUUUUGAAGAUGAGAAGAGCGGCUUCCUUUUUGCAAACUGCUAUUCGGGCUUGGUUAAUGGUGAAGAAGAGACCAUUCCUUUUAAAAUUCAGUAGUGUCACGGUUCAGGAUUUUAGAUGUGAAAGGUGGAGCCAGGCUGAAAACCUAGGGAGAUAUGUGAAGUUCAUUGUUGACCGGCAUAGAUUUGUCAAGCUACGAAGAGAUGCUACGCUUAUUCAGAAAGCCACGAGGAUUUGGAUCAGACAAAGACAUAAAAGUGAUUGUGUUAGUAAUCUUGAUGUAUCCACUCUUGAUAUAGUCAAUGCUGCCAUUGCUGUUCAGAAAUUCAUUCGUGGUUGGGCAGCAAGGUCUAGGUAUAAGGAUGUUCAAUUGGAAAAGGCUUCAUCCACGUGCCAAUUUGAUGGUCUAACAGUUCAGCUUUCUUCAAAGACUAUAAUUUCCAGGUCCAUCCACGAACAGCAGCUUGCUGCUACUAAAAUUCAAAGUCAUUUCCAAGGUUGGCUGCUGAGAAGGACAUUUUUAAUCCAGAAGCAAGCUAUAAUGAAAAUUCAAAGUAAUUAUAGAUGCUUACGAUGUCGGAGGGCUUUUCAACAAUUUAGUAUUGCUAAAAAGUCAGCCAUUGUUAUUCAGUCUUGUGUCCGUGGAUGGAUUGUAAGGAGAAAAGUGGGAAGAUAUCUGUAUCUCAUUGGUGUGCUUCAAAGAUACUGCCGGGCUUGGCUAAUAAGGAGGGACUUUUUGUUCCAAAAACAAGCAGCAACACAGAUUCAAAGUGCUAUUCGAUGUUUAAACUGCAGGACAGCAUUUAAGGCUUGCAAAGAUGCUACGAUUGAAAUUCAACGGUUUGUCAGGGGACAUACUACUCGGAAUAGGCUAUUAGGGGCUUCUCACUUUUCUGGAGGCAUUGCUAGUUACGGAAAUUUUCUAACCUCAGGAGUCUGCUUUCAGAGCUUGAAACUGAAAGUACUGAUGUCUUCAGUUUUGAAGCUACAAAGGUGGUGGAGAGGCAUUCUAUUUCUCAAACUCAGAACAAAGUCUGCAAUUGUUAUACAAGCUCACAUUCGAGGUUGGAUUGGCAGGCAAAUGGCCUCUAGAGAGAGGCAAUGUGUUGCUCUCCAAAGAGAAGCGGUGUUAAAAAUCCAAAGUGCUGUUCGAUGUUUGAACUGCUGGAAGGCAUUUCAUUGCUGUAAACAAGCUACUAUAGAGAUUCAGGGGUUUGUCAGAGGAGAGAUUACUCGAAAUAGGCUAUUAGGGGCUUCUCACUUUCAUAGAGCUACUGCUAGUUAUUGCAAAAUGCAAACCUCAAGAGUCUGCUUGCAGAGUUUGGAAUUGAAAAUAGUGAUGUCUUCUAUUCUGAAGCUGCAAAGGUGGUGGAGAGGUGUUUUAUUGCUGAAGCAUAGAGCAAAAUCAGCAAUCCUCGUACAGUCUCAUGUUCGAGGUUGGAUUGGCAGGAAAAAGGCAACUAGAGAGAGGCAGCACGUUGUCGUGGUUCAAUCGCACUGGAAAGGUUUCCUUGCACGUAAAAAUGCUAGAGGGCAGCUCCUGGAUUUGCGCCUGAGAAUGCAAAAUUCUGCUAAAAAUGUGGAUGACAGCAUGCGUAUUAUUAACAGGCUCAUAGUGGCUCUUUCAGAACUAUCAAGCAUGAAAAGUGUUAGUGGAAUUCUUCACACUUGUGCAACUUUGGAUAUGACUACAGAACACUCUCAAAAAUGUUGUGAGAAACUUGUGGCUGCUGGGGCAAUUGACAACUUACUGAAGCUGAUUCGCUCAGUCAGCCAAAGCAUGCCUGACCAGGAGGUUUUAAAGCAUGCACUCUCAGUUCUCCGGAAUCUUGCCCAUUAUCCACAUUUGAUUGAAGUGCUUAUUGACAGUCAAGGAGUAGUAGAAACAAUUCUUUGGCAGUUGCUCAGGAACAAGGAGGAAGGAUAUUUCAUUGCUUCUGAUGUUAUGAAGAAGAUCUGUUCGCAUCAAAAAGGCGUUGAAAUGGUGCUGAGGAAACCACCCAUUAUAAAGAGGCUACACAGUCUUGUGGAAGAAUUAACAAGGAAGGCAAACUUCGAGAAGAAGAAACCUCGCAGCAUGGCAGUGAGGGACAACAUGGAAAGAAGAUUACGGGAAGCUGUCGAACUUUUGAAACUGAUAAAUAGCAAACUUUGGUAGUCAAACUCGGAUACAAUUUAUGCCUGUUGUAUUUCUAGUAAAUAUUUAUAGUGGCCCUUGUAGUUGCCCUUCAAGGUAUGGAAAAUGCAACAUUCUGGAGCUGUUCCAGGGCCAUGUUUUUAGGCGUUCUUUCUAUUGCCUUGUAAUUUAUCUUUGCAUGCUUGAGCUUGGAGAUCUUCUGAUCUCAUUGUGUCUCAAUUUCAAAGGUUCUUAGAAAAGUAAAGAGUGUUGAGAGGUGUGCAGAUUUGAGUGAAGUUGAUUUUCUUUACUGAUAAACUGUACUGAAUAUUUGAUCACUAAUUGUCUUUGUUUUUUUUCUCCC